AUGGGCAUUUCUCAUCUUUGGGAGAUUGUGCAGCCAGCUCAUCAAGUACGAUCCCUCUCGCAGCUGACCCUAAGUGAGGGAUUCAAGAAGAAUGGGAAUGGUCAUCGUACUAUCAUGCUUGGGGUUGAUGCAAGCAUCUGGUUACACCAAACUCAAGCUGUCUUCCACCAUCCUCGCCAUUCCCAAACAGGCAAAAACCCAGAGCUCUGGACUCUUUUCCACAAGCUCAAUCGCUUCCUCAAUCAAUCCGUCAGCGUUGUCUUUGUUUUCGAUGGUAGUGAAUGGCCUUCAAUGAAGCACAGAAAGCAUGUUAGACCGAGAGAACAUUGGCUUGCAAAGUGGUUCAGAGAAUUUGCCAAAGCGUUUGGAUUCAGCACUCAUAUUGCUCCCGGCAAAGCCAAGGCAGAGCUGGCCUUGCUCAACAAGUUGGGCAUCAUCGACAUUGUCGUCACUGAUGAUAGUGAUGCCUUGAUUUUUGGCGCUACUUGUGUGAUGCGCAAUUGGAACAUCAAGAAAAAUAAGGAUGAUGUGAAGCUUUACACAUCAGAAGGCAUUCAAACCAUAGCCAGUGUUCGUUUAACACAGGGUGGGAUGCUCUUAAUUGCUAUCCUUUGUGGAGGGGAUUAUGAUAAGCUUCUGGGGGCCACCAAGGAUUCUUCUGAGGAAGAUUUGGCAACUUUUUUAGUCCCAUGGCGCCAACAACUUCGGGAUGAGUUGUCUUCGAAUGUGCAAGGCUUUUUAAAGUGCCAGUGCCCCACUCUCGCCAAUGUGGUUCACUCUGACUUUCCACAGCCAUCUGUCAUUCUCAAGUACACCCAGCCCAUCACAUCAUGGGCCGGUGGUCGGCCACUCCCUCUGUUCUCAGCAUGGGUCCACCGUGAGCCUGACCUUGCCGAAAUGGCAUCACUUGCGGAGCGCUCAUUCUCUUGGUCUCCUGAUGAGAUCAUGGAGAAAUUUCAGACACACAUGUGGCUGGGCCUUUGCCUUUGUCGCCUUCUAAAAGUAAAGAGUCCCCUCCUUGAACUUGUUGAUCAUGUGGUUCAUGGAGUGGUUGUGGAUGACCUCCCAUGCCUUUCCUCUUUCCUCCGCAUCAACUGCGCCAGCCAAGGCACUCUUGCAUUGCCAGUUCCUUUCUUUGAUAUCAAGUUUUUAGAGCAAGGUCUUGUUAACGAAGCUAGGUCGAAACUUCUGAACCAUGCUGAUAUAAGGGCCAAAAAGAUGAUGAUCCCGAAGUACGUAGAGCCAGAGCCUCUUCUUAAAGUUGAAGAGGAGGAUUUUGCAGGGGGAUUCAGCUCUCCCCAGCCUCAGCCAGUUAUCCUUGAUUAUCUCGACCUCACAGUGGAUGAUGAUGCACCAUCUGGUGUUCCUAAUUGUCGCCACCUCUUCGAUGGUGAAGUCAUUGAUCUUACUUUAGAUUAA